AUGACAGAGAACGUAACCGCAUCGAGCGCUCGUCGUAUCACAUACGCAGCGGCUUCAUGGGGACCGUUGAGUUCGCGUCACUGCUGUAGACGACACCGGGUCGACUGGGAACACAUAGCUGCUCUGUUACGCACCCUCGAGCCACUAAAGCGGGAACCUCACGUCGCCGAGAUCAUCGUCUGGGAUGCCAACACGACACCAGAUCCUUUUGCUCGGCGCAACAUUGACUUUCGUCCUGGCGCAGUGUAUGUGUUUCACGAAGUCGAGCGUCUUGGGAAUUUUGACGGAAGAGCCGGAGGUGCUGUUCAGUACGAUGUGGACGAUGCGAACAAGAUUCGAGAGAUUGCUCUGCCCGUGAUCGAGCCGCAUGACUGGUAG